AGGGCUUUUGGCUGGUGGGCCGGCGCAUUCGCAUCGAAGACAUUUCCCCAGAAGGCGAAGACGACGAGCGCAAAUUGGUCCUGACCACUUUGGGGCAACAUCAUUUGCGAAACGGUUCCCGCUUUCCGCUGACCUUCUAUGGAACGAACCAUUUCCUCUUGGACAACUACACGCACAGGGCCCUGGUGCUGGACCGUUUCCGCCUGGAAAUCAGCACCGAGAACGGCGAGUUCUUCGUGGCGGACGCCUCGGGUGGUCACAUGCUGUUGAGCAUCCCUGGCACUUUUUGGUAUACCCAUCUCUUCCAGGUCUUUCCGGUGAUGCUGCUGAUCCUCCUCUUGUGGCUCAUUGGAAUCGCCGCAGUUUCCUUUGGCGAUCCGCCCCUAUUAUUUGCUGUGAUCAUGGCGUGUAUCCAAUUGUCCUUGGCAAUCAUGGGCCGCUUGUAUGUGUGGAAGCGGCUGCAAUAUCGGUCGCCCUUGGAUUGGCGCCUUCAACAAUAUAACGCCAUGCUGACGGAGAAGAAUCCCACGCCAGUGGCCUGCCAGAGGGGCGCCAUGCGAGCGGUGACGGCGUUUCAACUCUUUGAUCUCUACGAUUUCUUCCAGGCCUUCAUUAAGGGGCGAAACAUGUAUUACAUCGAUCCGAACCUGGUGCGUCCCUUGACCAAGCGCUAUCGCCUGAGUUUCGCGGAGCGUGCUGGGCCCAGCCAGGUGGACUAUUUCAUCAGUCACUGGUGGGGCACUCCCUUCAUGAACUUUUGCGAGUCGGUGAAGCGACACGCCAUUCACAUGAGUCAUUCCGAAGAUGAAGGUCAAUGGAAAAAGAUCGCGUAUUGGAUCUGCACCUUUAGCAACAACCAAUACCGGGUAAAGGAGGAGUUGGGCGUCACCCACCAGGAAUCAUCCUUUUACAUGGCGCUGCACAGCAAUCGAUGCAAGGGCACCGCCAUGAUCAUGGACGAAGAAGCGUCGUUGUUGAAACGCUCCUGGUGCCUCUUCGAGUUGCUACAGACCGUCAGGAAGACGCAGAGCGAGGCGGCCCGGGCGGCGGAGAGCGGCAGUCUACCGAAGUCUCCGCGCUUCGCGGGCAUGUUUUUCUGUACGAAGACCGGGGUCUUGAACUAUGGCCACGCAACGGUGGAGUUCGCCAGGAAAAUUGGUGAAAACAUCAAAAACCUCAGUUUGGAAAAUGCCACUGCCACCAGCCAGGAGGAUAAGGAUAUGAUCAACCGCCUGGUUUUGGAAGAAAUGGGCAGUUACGACAAGAUCAACCACAUCCUUAGAGAUAACUUGGCUGAGGCCCUGAGGAGGUGUCAGGAAGAGGUGGACCUGAAUUUCGAAACGCUCUUCAAGGACCUGAAAGGCGAAGUGCGACUGGAUGUGACUAAAAGUCUCUGAUGGCAAUGCCACCAGUAAAUUUAGUGCUUCGAUGACAGUGACGUGACGAAACCAUCGCUGAACUCUUGGGGUUGUAGUGGCUAUCUGCUCAGAAAGAUGGUUGCUAAGCAUCAUGGAUC